UCACAAGAAGGAUUUCUAUCAUCAAGGCCAUGGCCGUUGGAUUUUUUUGGAGGGCCCUGCUGGCCCUCAUCUGCACCACGUUAUACUUCAGUUUUGGCAGCAAUGUGGACUCUCUUGGCCCUGAACAAGACCUUACCUUCAGCCAUGUCUAUAACAUCGACAUUCCAGGGGGAUCCAGUUGCAAACUGCCAAACCAAGAUGAAACAGGUCUACAGAUGGAGAGCACCAAGAGUGGCGAGAACGACAUCAUCUUCAGACACAACAUUAGGCUGCAGUCACCCAAAUGUGACUGCGAGGAAUCUGAGACUUUCAAGUCUCUCUUGUACAGAGUGAACGGCUUGGAGGAGGAAGUCAACUACCUGAAAACCCAAUGUUCUCAGGGAUGCUGUGGCACUGCAGGUAGAAACAAAAAAAUAAUACCUGAACUUGCUUGACGAUGAAACUGCUUAAUCAUGACAUCUUUAGGUGUGGACACAAGCUGCAGUGGUCAUGGGGCAUACCAACAUGACACAUGCAGCUGCCUCUGCUAUCCAGGAUGGGAAGCACCAGACUGCUCAGUAUCGUCCUGUCCGGAUGAAUGCAACGACAAUGGCCGCUGCGUGGAUGGCAAGUGUGUCUGCCAUCAGGGCUACACAGGCGACUACUGCGGCGAGCUGAUGUGCCCUGACAACUGCAAUGACAAGGGCCGCUGUGUUGACGGAAAAUGUGUGUGCUUUCCGCACUUCACCGGCAACGACUGCAGUAUCCAGAAGUGUCCAAAUGACUGCAACACUAAUGGCCGCUGUAUAGACGGCCAGUGUGUGUGUGAUGAGGGCUUUUACGGAGAGGACUGCUCGUUGGUCAUCAGUCCUCAAGGUCUAAGGUUGGUCCAGGUAACCGACGCCUCCCUCCUUGUGAACUGGGGCCCCGUUUCUGGGGCCGAGUAUUACGUUUUAACCUAUCAUCCUAAAGGUCAAGGGACUGCCUUGAAGAAGGUUCAAGUUCGGAACACAGAAAGCUCCUACCUCAUCAGAGGCCUGACAUCUGGGCUUACUUACAUUGUCCAAGUCCAUGCUGUCAUCAGAGGCAUCCAAAGUGAAUCAGAUGACAUUGAAGCUACCACAGGGGUCUCAACAGUCAAUGACAUCCGAGUUCUUGACCAGACAGAAGUCUCCAUCCAGGUGGACUGGAGCAACCCACGAUCCAAGGUAGAUUACUUCCGGCUGACACACACCGACCCAUCAGGACAGGAGAAGGAGAUGAGCGUACCGAGGAGCCAAGAGGCACGAACAAAACACACCAUUACGGGUCUGUAUCCAGGAACAGAAUACCUGAUUACAGUGCAGGCCGUUAAAGGAACCUCUGAGGGCAACCCUUCAUCGGUCACAGGUUCUACAGAUAUCGACGUUCCAAAAAACCUGAUCGCCACUCAGGUAACAGAAGACACAGCUACAGUUUCCUGGGACAGGGUCCAGGCCCAAAUAGAUGGAUACAUGUUGAGCUACACAUCAGAUGCGGGCUCCAGUGUCGAAAUCCCAGUUGGUCGUGACAUGACCUCAUACAGGCUAGUUGGCUUGAAGCCUGGUGUGGCCUACACCGUCUACAUCUGGGCUUUCAGGAGAGACAAGGUCAGCAGGAAGAGUUCCACAGAAGCUGAGACAGAACUGGACGCUCCCGCUAACCUCUUAACCCGAGACCAAACCGAGACCAGCUUCAAGGUGUCCUGGGAGCAGGUCCUGGCAGAUAUCGACAGCUAUGUGCUCACAUACAGCUCCUCUGAGGGUGCUAGUGGGGAGAUACGUGUCGGGCCUGAGGUUGAUUCUCACAGUCUGACUGGUUUGAGGCCCGGUGUCAUCUACAUGGUCUAUGUGUGGGCCGUCAAAGGGGACAGAAGAAGCAGGAAGAUCAUAGGACAAGCGGAGACAGAUAUCGAUGCUCCCAGGGACUUGCAGGCUUUGGAUGUGACCAUGGAUUCAGCCACGUUGACCUGGAUUCCUCCUCUAGCUGACAUUGAAGGCUACAUCCUCACCUAUAGGGAUGAGGAGGGCAAUAUGGAGGCUGUUGAGAAGCAGCUCGGCUCCAGAGACAGCACCUUUGCCUUGUCUAGUCUCCAGGUGGGCAAGAGGUACAUUGUCAGCAUCAUCGCCUACAGAGGCAACAAGAGGAGCAAAGUGGCUGAAAGCAUCUUCAAAACAGUUGGCAUCCUGUAUCCCUUCCCUAUGGACUGCCUUCAGAUUAUGAAGAAUGGCAACAAGAAAAGUGGCAUCUACACAGUGUAUAUCAACAAUGAGCGCUUCAAACCAGUGGAAGCCUAUUGCGACAUGGAUGCUGAUGGAGGCGGAUGGCUGGUGCUGCAGCGUCGUAACAGCGGACAACUGGAUUUUAUGAAACGUUGGAGACAUUACACGGCUGGUUUUGGCAACAUGACGGAUGAGUUUUGGAUUGGACUGGAUAAGAUCUACGAGCUGACCAACACUCCCACCCAGUACGAGCUGAGGUUCGACUUGGGCCAAGGCUCCGAGAGGGCCUACGCAGUCUAUGACAGCUUCAAGGUCGCCCCUGCCAGGCAGAAGUUCAAACUCACCAUUGGCAACUAUAGAGGCACAGCAGGUGAUGCCAUGACCUACCACCAGGGCUGUGCCUGGACCACUGUCGACUCAGAUAAUGACAUCGCCCUGGGGAACUGUGCCCUCACGCACCGUGGAGCCUGGUGGUACAAAAACUGUCACCUGGCCAACCUCAACGGCAAAUGGGGCGACACUAGGCACAGUUUGGGGAUCAACUGGGAACCGUGGACGGGCCACCUGGCAUCCCUGGACUUCACCGAAAUGAAGAUCCGGCCUGUAGGAAAGUUCUCCAGCAGGAAGAGGCGGUCGUUGAUGAUGACCAGAGAGAAUAGUCUAAAGAAAGACAACAUUCAAUAUGACACGUCCAAACUAUUGGGAGAGUCUUUGUUUACUUGAAAAAGAGUUCAAUCAUUACCAUUUCUUAGCAUAACGCAGUGUUGAUGAUGGGGCUGUGCGUACUGGAAAGCAGUGCACAUAGUCCCUUGCUCUUUGUACUGUUUCCUACUAAAGCCUUCAUAAAGGAACUGU